AUGUCUACCGUCGCCGAGCUCUGUCCAGUCUACGCUCCCUUCUUCGGAGCAAUGGGAUGUACAUCCGCCAUUGUCUUCACCUGUAUCGGUGCUGCCUACGGUACCGCUAAAUCAGGUGUCGGAAUCUCUGCCAUGGCUGUUCUCAGACCUGAUCUCAUGAUGAAAUGUGCUAUUCCUGUCGUUAUGGCUGGUAUCAUUGGUAUCUAUGGUCUCGUCGUAUCAGUUUUAAUUACUGGUGGUCUCGCUUCCCCCAUGCCUUUAUACACUGGAUUUAUUCAACUAGGUGCUGGACUUUCAGUCGGUCUCGCCGGUCUCGCUGCCGGUUUCGCCAUCGGUAUCGUCGGUGAUGCUGGUGUCAGAGGUACUGCUCAACAACCUAGAUUAUUCGUUGGUAUGAUUCUUAUCCUCAUUUUCGCCGAAGUCUUGGGUCUUUACGGCUUGAUCGUAGCUUUGAUUCUUAACACCAACGCCGGUGUCACCUACACUUGUCCUGUGCCCCAGUAA